AGGGUCAGCCAUUUUAAUUUAUCCAUGUAACCCAUAUUAUAAAUAGCGUUCUCUCCAUAAGGGUAAAAGUUUGGAAUAGGGUUAAACUGGUUCCGAAUGGUUAAGGUAAGGGUUAAUUUCUUGGUUGUGUGAUGACGUGUCAUGACUUCGAACCCCGUUCAAAGAUGCCCGGCCAUUCUGAGGGUGAACCAAAAGCUUGAUGAUGUAAAAUUAUCAAUCUUUAACUACGAGAGACAGAAAGACAAAUGCAUUUCAAAAGACAUGUUACUGGUCUAAUAUUUUGUUUCUUUUAUGUAGUAUCGUAUUUCACGAAUAAGGUGAGUUUUCGCUGGCUUUCCCACAGAUACAGGCUCGUCAGGCAAACAGACCUACCAACAUCAAUGCUCUCAACAACGGUUGCUUGACUUAUCAGUGAUAAAUUAUUGAUUUUAGCUGGUUGGCAUGCAAGUAUGUCGCUGUAUCAAAGAUAAAGAAAGCAACUAUGUGUUGCUGUAUUCUAACAUUGUAACAAGACCUCAGCCUCUUCCGGGUUUUAAACCGCCGUUCAGCGCUGUACAGUUGAGAUGGCAGACUUUUAUUGGGGGCCUGCUGCUUCUGCUCUCUGGGAAGCUUGGAUUGGUGGAUAUAAGUGGCUUUCCCAGGUCAGCAGCACUUUCCUGGCUUCCGGGAUCCCUCCUGUUUGUUGGGAAUAUUUAUGCAGGGUCCAGAGCUCUUUCACGCUUGCCUAUCCCUUUCUUCUUCACUCUUCACAAUGCUUCUGAAGUGGUGAAUUGCCUGAUCCUGAAGUUAACCCAGAUGGAGCAAAUUCCAUGGAUGAAGCUAUUAAGUGUGAGUCUGCUGUUGAUGUCGGCCAUCAACCUCCCCCUCUAUGACCCUCAGUUUGACCCUGGUGGUUACAUGUGGGCCCUGGCACAUCUCUUCUGUGUUGGUGCCUAUAGAGUGUUCCAUACACACUUCAAGUCCAGUCAUUUGAGUGACCUUGAACAACAAUACAUCAACUAUUUGUUCAGUGUGUUGCUGUUGGCCUUUGCUGCACACCCUACUGUGACGACAACCUCAUACCCAGGAAGACUUGACGCUACAGGCUUGGCACACCUGUAUUUGAGGAGUUUCUCUCAUUCUUCUCUGCAGAUCCUCUCAAGCUGCCAGGUUGAAUGGGGAGCGUUGCUGCACAGCUAUUUUCAGGUCUCUCUAGAGAUGUUCGAAUAGGUUCAUGUCCGAGCUCAGGCUGGGCCAAUCAAGGACAUUCAGAGAUAUGUCCCAAAGCCAAUCCUGCAUUGUCUUGGAUGUCUGCUUAGGGUCAUUGUCGUGUUGAAAGGUGAACCAUUGCCCCAGUCUGAGGUCCUGAGCAGGUUUUCAUCAAGGAUCUCUCUGUACUUUGCGCCGUUCAUCUUUCCCUCGAUCCUGAAGUCUCCCAGUCCCUGCCUCUGAAAAACAUCCCCACAGCAUGAUUCUGCCACUACCAUGCUUCACCGUAGGGAUGGUGCCAGGUUUCCCCCAGACGUGACACUUGACAUUCAGGCCAAAGAGUUCAAUCGUGGUUUCAUCAAGCCACAGAAUCGUGUUUCUCAUGGUCUGCGAGUCCUUUAGGUGCCUUUUGGCAAACUCCAAACGGGCAGUCAAGUGCAGUUUACUGAGGAGUGGGUUAUGUUUGGCCACUCUACCAUAAAGGCCUGAUUGGUGGAGUGCUACAGACAUGGUUGUCCUUCUGGAAGGUUCUCCCAUUUCCACCUCCCUGACCAAGGCACUUCUCCCCGAUUGAUCAAUUUGGCUGGGCGGCCAGCUCUUGGAACAGUCUUUGUGGUUCUAAACUUCUUCCAAUUAACAAUAAUGGAGGUUACCGUUCUUGGGGACCUUCAAUGCUGCAGAAAUGUUUUGGUACCCUUCCCCAGAUCUGUGCUUCGACACAAUCCUGUCUCGGAGGCCUACGGACAAUUCCUUCGACCUCGUGGUUUGGUUUUUGCUCUGACAUGGACUGUCAACUGUGGGACCUUAUAUAGACAGGUGUGCACCUUUCCAAAUCAUGUCCAUGUUUAUUUACCACAGGUGGACUCCAAUAAAGUUGUUGAAACAUCAAGGAUGAUCAAUGGAAACAGGAUGCACCUGAGCUUAAUUUCGAUUUUCAUAGCAAAGGGUUUGAAUAUUUAUGUAAAUAAGAUCUUUUUUUGUUUGUGCAAAAAUGUCAACCUGUUUUUGCUUUGUCAUUUUGGGGUAUUGUGUGUAGAUUAAUGAGUAAAAAAUAAAUGUAAUCAAUUUUAGAAUAAGUCUGUUACGUAACAAAAUGUGGAAAAAGGGAAGGGGUCUAAAUAAUUUCCGAAUUGACUGUAUAUGAACAGCUGUUUGCUAUUUCAAUGCCUUCUUCUUGGUCUUUUGCAAUUAUGUAACUGUGUAUUGGGACAGUUAUCCCAAUGUUACACCGAUUUAAAUCUUGGUCAAGUGCUGAUUUUACAUCUCUCAAAUCCCCCCUCCUUCCUGUUUGGUGAGAACUUAAUCUGUUUUGAUGGCUGGGCUUAUCUUUGU